AAUAUAGCAAAUGGUUUGCACCUUUCGAGUCUGGUGUUUCCGCACAGCUGGAGUCGGGUUGGUCAUUGUGCCACAAGUGUCUAUUUAUGACGACACACGCAGAUAUAGCUCAGGUUAAUGGCUUUUAAAGUUACACAAAUAGUGUUCGAUAUGAACCGAGGCUACGAUACAAUUUUUUUGAAACAACAAGUUGUAUGGUGCAACUUCGUGCUCGUUACCAAUUUAAACUUGACGUGUAAUCAAUCAUUAAAAGUUUUCCCCUAAAGGCUGUAAAUUGUUCCGCGAACUAGUAAAAUAGUUUGGUUUCAAGGCCAUUAUUUAAAUCUCGUGGGAGUUACUUAAUUUACUUAAAUUUAUUAAUUAACCCCUUCCUGAUAUUUUUAGCGUUCUCUUCCUCCCACCAGAUUAAAAGGAUGGCAUUCUGUCUAGUCAUGUUUGUUUCAUCUUGCCUCAGGCCGUAAUUGAUUUAAUUAGACUUUAAAUGCAUAGGAAGUAAAAAAAUGUGACGCAAUGCCAAAUCAAAAACGCCAUUCCUCACUCAUCAAUUGUCACAAGUUAUUUUUCUGUUGUUUAAAAUAAAAAGGAAGAUAUAUUUCUGGCGAAUAACUACAUGCAGUGAUUCGCUACAUCCGGUACUUUUAACCAGAAACAAGAGGUUGCAUCAUCCGGUCACGCGGAUAUUAUAUUGAACGUGGACAUGUUUAUGCAUCGAACGAAAUUUGUUAAGUUGGCAUUUUUGAAACCGUGAACGGAUGUCUGAGCUGAUCUCAUCAAGAAGGAAAAAAACAAUCGGCGUGGAAACCGGAGAUUCAUCAUCACCUAAUCUUUGAACACCGUGAAAAACAACGCGAUGAGUCGUGCAGUAGCAACAUGUUAAGGCCUUUCCCAUCCCUUUAAAAAAUAUAAAAAUGGGACACGAGUGGCGGUACAAAAGCCUAGAUCCCCCCCUCCUUGCCCUCGCUCGUACACGCACAAGUCUCGGAAAGUUCUAGAACUCCGGACCCAGCGGGCGCGGUAAAAUGGCUGGCGGCGAAUAAAGCGCAUACCAACGUGCUCACAGGCCACGGCAGAGUGAACGCGGCUAAACCCAAUGAAAACCCCCCUCCCGUUCACAAAAAGAAGUGAAAUAAAAACAAGUUUUCCAGUAAGCAACGUCGCAAUAAUAAAUAGCUUCGGGGUUUCUCAUAUUCUGAGUCAUGUACUUUUGAAAUAGAUUGACUCUUAUUCUUAAUUUCUCACCGAUACGCUCUAUAUUAUUCAACCUUAUACCACAAAGUAUUUUGAUACAGCGUCUUGUUUUUGUUGCAUCAUCUUAUUUCAAUCUUUUGACUAACCGCACAAAAUUAUCUUUAGUCACAAAAAUUUAAGAUACGAACAAAAGUAACAGAUUGGUUAAUCUCAACUUAAAGCUGAAACGAUAUCAACAAUUGUUUUAUUAUAUAAUGUCACACGAUUUUAGAUUGAGUUUUCUGGCAUGGUUGCGUAACGUUUAACUGUAGUGCAAAUUUGACCUAGAGUAGAGUUCUAAAAUAAAUUGCACUCUUUUUUAUUAUGUCUUAUCGAAAGUAUAAACUUCCAGGUAUAUAUGUACAUAUAUGUCAAAGAAAAGAAACUGUUUGGAAUCUGUUUUUCCCUUUUCUGCCAUGUUGGGACAAUGGCGCCAAAUACGGCGUACCAGUGCACCUAGAUCGCGAAGGGAAUCGUGAGCGUGAAUUGGCGCGACAGGGCCCUCGGGCUGUUAUGAAACUUGCAACCCAACUAUGCAUAUUGCGGUUACGUGUAUCAUGUGCCAAACGUAAUAAAAAGUGCGGAUUUCUCUGAGAUUCAGAGUUCCCUGACUUCAAGAGUUGAUUCGCCGCUAACUGCGCAGUAUGAUUGAAUAUUAACGGGUGUAUUAGACAACAACCCUGUAGUUGUAUAAGAAUUUUUUCUAAUACGAUAAGAAGAAGUUAAUGUGAAAAACAGAAUUUUAUUUUACGUUUUUCUCUUUUGAUUUGACCGGUGAUUGGCAUCGUCCUUAUCAGAUUGUUUGUUGCUGUUUCCUUUUUGUGUGUGUUGUUUCCAUGCAACAGUCUACAUAUUUUAAAUUUCUGUCUCAUAUCUACCAGUAGCGUAUACAAUAUACAAUAGCGGGUAUUAUCUGUUGAAACCUGAAAUUAAAAAAAAAAAAAGACAACGCCCUUCGGUUCACGUUCAAACCUUGCCAAAUGUCUCCCGACCUUCAAUUUUUCCGUUGUGUUCCACAGAGGAAAAACAAAAAAGAGCUGGCUGGACUUUAGACCAAUAAUGGGAGUUGUUUACCAAGUUGAAAAAGCGUACAUGUCAUUAUCAACACAUUUCGAAAGCAAAUUUAAAUCUGACAAUCGACGAAUGUAGUGCCAUCUAUACGCCAAAUAAGGAAAGUCGGAAAUUUAAGUUGAUUUAUUAGUUCAGUAGUCAACAUGACUUCUCUUGAAAAACGAACUGUACAAAUCUCUGAAAAUGGUAAAACUGUUGGAGUUCCUGCACUGAGUCCAAAGUGGGUUGAAAAGAGGAAAUUUCUUCACUUUGUUUCUCCAUCAACAAUAUCUAAUGGGAUUGACUUAAAAGACUGGUGUGAAAUCACCCAGUUUUUAAAAAAUGACCUUCAUUGGCUAUUGAAGCUUCCACAUCACAAAUUUUGGUCGCAGAUCAUAUAUGAUAAACCUCUUAAUGCCAGUUUAGUUUCAUUUCUUCAAGAAGCCCCAAGGUUUUACUCAGAGGAAAAAGAUGCAUUGAAAGCUCUCCCUACCGCUUGGAAAUUAUUCAAGGAAACCCAGGACUUGGUGUUUCUUACCUUUGUACGCAUGGCUACUCAUAAGGAAUCCAAAGAUUGUUACAUCAGCCCUGAAAUGUUUGGGAAGUUGAUCUAUGACAAUUUCAUCUUUGAUGUUCCAAAAAUGAUGGACCUUUGUGUUCUCUAUGGACCAACUAAUUCUGUCCUGCUGAGCAAAAUGUUUAAGAACAUUUUUGUUAAUCAACCCAAGUACAAGUAUGACCUAGAAGAAACUGCCAAAGGCUUGGUUCAGGUUUUCCAACUCAUUUUAGGUCAACUUGGUCUAGAGAGCAGUCAAGCUGCUGGAAGCAUUCAUUGUGGGCCAUUGUCGGUUGAGGAGCUUGGUGAACUCGUCGUCUAUACCCUGGAUAUUGCGGCAACUCUAUGGUAUUUCAUUGACAUUUAUCCGGAAGCAGCGCCAUUACUCAUCGAUGCAACUAUCCAAAAUCAGUUAUCCGAUUUUUAUGAGAAGAGCAUUCCUUCUUUGUGUCGCCAAAUUGAAACUUUAUCGCCAAAUAUGAAAGACAAAAUGGUCCUUAACCUAAAUUUGGCUCGCAAAUUUCUCAUCCAAAUUUACAACGCGUUAUUGCAUUCCGGCUCUGUAAAGCUGCUUCUAGCACAUAGUCAUGAUGACCCUUCAUGGGAUAGAGAACAACCUGUGGAACUGUGGUUGGAUUGGCUAACCUGUUUAGUUUCAGAGCGGCAACGUCACUUCAUCAUAGAUUAUAACUUGAUUUUUCAAGUGCAAGAUGACAUUGAUCUAAUUACCCAACUGGGUAUUCAAAUGGAUAGCACGAGGGUGGAAUACAUUAAGCUAGGUCUGAAGGAAUUUAGAGUGGAAUUUGGUUUGUCUUUGACACCAGCAAGUCUAAGAUCAUCUGAUGGCGGCGUGGAUCCCGCGAAGAUUAGUGCGCUUAUUCUUCAAGUAAAGGAACUUUUGCCUGACCUUCACGAAAGCUUUAUUCGGGUCUGUUUGAAGCAUUACGAUUACAACCCGGAAGCCGUUAUCAACGCUGUAUUAGAAGACAAUUUACCGCCUCACUUAAACGAAGGUCAUAACAUACCUGACCAGCAGCAGCCAAUUCCAGAACCUUUUGUGGCUUUUGACGAACAAACUGAUAUAUCCAAGAAAAAUCGAACCAAAACCGUUCAUUUCAAUGAAAUGCGGGAGCUUUUGAACGACAAGCAGGACAUGAAACAUAUUAUCCUCGAUCGUGUAGACGAACAACUUGCUGCCGAAUAUGAAGAUGAAUACGAUGACACCUACGAUGGACAUGCUGUUGGUUCUGAAGAGCCAGAUGCACACACCGGAGAAGAUGAAUUACGCAGAUCAUUUGUUGUACCUCGUAUUUUACGACCGAAAAUGGAGGAAGAAUCGGAAGAAGAAGAAGAGAAUUACAAUCAGACUGAAGAAAAGCCUAGGGAUCACUUUGUAACAAAUCCAGAAGAAAUGCGAGCUCUAGCCGAGCAAAGGCGAUUGAGCAGACGUGGCAAUUACAGACCCGGCCCUGCACCUUCGCAGCGAAACGUUGUUGGUGGACCACGAGGUCAAGGGCAGGAGAAGGAAACUAUCGUGGCUCGACGACACAAAACUGAAAAUAAGACACGAGGAGCAAAUCAUAAUAGAAGAUAUAUGGCAGAUAGGAAGAGACGUGAAUUUUAGUGCCGAUUUGGGGAGCUUCUUGUUUAUCAAUUAUUAAGGACAACACAGUCACUUGUUCAACAGGGAAACGCUCAGUAAAAUGAGGGAAUUUUGAGAAAGUGAAUAAAAUAGUGUUUCUUUCAAACUA